AGUAUUUUAUAAAAAGAAGCCAUAUGACUACAACCCGAACAAAAUGAACAAGAUUCUUUUAAGAUGGAUAAAGAUACUAAAACAAAGAAUACUACCUUUCUAAUGAAUUAAAUCAGCUGAAAAAGCCAGGCAAAGAUACCUAAAUGGCUAACACAAACAAAUACUAUCUAUUUGACAAAGCCAUGUUACCUACUAGUAUUAUAAAAUCUUUUGUUUAUUAAUUGUGGGUGACCAUUUCAAUGACUUACAUAAUUGGUGAAAGGCAUUAAGAUCUAUUAUAUCUGGAAAGCAUCUUGUAGAGGUGAUACUCCAAAGCAAAACUACAAAAUGUACUGGUUGCUGAACUACAUAACUAGUAUUUAAAACCCAAAUAAGACUUGUGUUCAUGCAUAACCCUCAUUUCUACCUUUUAAUUCAUCGACACUUCCAUGACCAUGGAGCUCCAGUUUCCACCCUUCAUUCCAAUAAUCUUGAGUUUACUGCCCUUACUUUUAUGGUUCAUAUCGACCAGACCAACCGCAAAAUCAAAAUUGCCUCCAGGGCCAUGGAAAUUGCCUCUCUUGGGAAACUUGCACCAGCUAAUGUUAGGUCCCUUACCACAUCAUACCCUAAGAGAUUUGGCAAAGAAACAUGGUCCACUUAUGCAUCUACAACUUGGUGAGGUUUCAACUAUCAUUGUCUCUUCGCCGAAGGAGGCCAAACAAGUAAUGAAUACACACGACCUCCUCUUUGCUGAUAGAGGGGAACUUUUAGCUGCAAGGAUUCUCACCUACAAUUAUACAGAUGUUGCAUUCUCCCCCUAUGGUGAUUACUGGAGGCAAUUGCGAAAGAUCUUCGUUUCAGAGUUCCUAAGUGCCAAACAAGUUCGUUCUUUCAGAUCAAUAAGGGAAGAAGAGGUCUCAAACUUCAUCAAAAGAGUUUCUUCUAAGGCUGGAUCACAGAUAAAUCUAAGUGAUAUGGUUUUUCUGUUCACAAAUGACGUAAUCUGCAGGGCAGCAUUUGGUAAUAAAUGCAAUGAUAAAGAAGAAUUCAAGGCAGCUUUCUUAGAAUCCACCAAGUUAGGGGGAGGCUUCGACAUCAGUGACGUGUUUCCCUCGCUAAAAUUCCUUCAUGUUAUCGGUGGCAUGAAGCCAAAACUGGAGAAGAUACACGAGAAGAUUGACAGAAUCUUUGGCAAUGUCAUUCUAGAACAUAAAAAGAAUAGAAUAACAUCAACCAAAAAUCAAACUACUGAUCACAUGCAGGAAAUGGAGGAAGAUCUUGUGGAUGUACUUCUUCGCCUCCAAGAAAAUGGUGAACUUGAAUUUCCCAUUACAACUGACAACAUUAAAGCAUUUAUACUGGAUGUUUUCACAGCAGGAACUGAAACUUCAUCAAGUGCAACAGACUGGGCAAUGUCAGAGAUGAUGAGAAAGCCAAGUGUUAUGGAGAAGGCACAAGCCGAGGUCAGAAGGGUCCUAGGCACAUCAAAUGGAAAGAUAGAUGAGACUGAACUACAUAAACUAAAAUAUUUAAAACUUGUCAUAAAAGAAACUCUGAGAUUACACCCUUCUCUUCCAUUGCUAAUUCCGCGAGAAAGUAGGGAGAGAUGUGAGAUGGAUGGGUAUGAAAUACCAAAGAAAACUAAAAUUAUGGUUAAUGCAUGGGCUAUCGGAAGAGAUCCAGCGUAUUGGAGUGAUGCAGAGAGCUUUGACCCAGAGAGGUUUAAUGGUAGUUCUAUUGAUUACAAGGGAACCAACUUUGAGUACAUACCAUUUGGAGCUGGUAGGAGGAUGUGUCCAGGGUCGACACUUGGUACAGCCAAUAUGGAGCUUCUACUGGCUCAUCUACUCUACCACUUCGACUGGAGCCUCCCUAACCAUACAAAGCCAGAAGAACUUGACAUGUCUGAGUCAUUUGGCGCAACUAUUAGAAGAUUAAAUGAUUUAUGCUUAAUUCCAGUCCCUUACAGUAAUAUCCUUUCACCAACAAUUUGAAGAAAAGUGCAUAAUUUCAGGGCAUGCAGAAGAAUUAACAUUCUACUGAACGUGUAGAAUACCUUUCCUAUUUAUCAUCUAAUUAAUAUGCUAUUCUUUUCAUGCAAUCGAAUUUUUACUGGUGUACGAAAGAAAGAAUUUACAAUAUUUAGAAUGGUCUAUCUAUACCUCUACUUCCAUCAGUUUUUUUGUAGUAAAGAGACAAUUUUGAGGUCAUGGUACAAUAUACCAGCUACCAAAACAAAAAAAAAGGACAAUGAAAAUGACAAUG